AUGGAGUUUCCUCCAGUUCUCAUGAUUAGUACAUUGGCUCUUGUGUUGUUACGUUUUCCAUCCGGCUAUGACCAAAUAGUCUCGCCUCCAUCACCGACGGCCCUAAUCCAGACCCCAGCCCCUGCUCCUGGCCCCAGUCACGUGAACCUCACCUACCUCGACACUUAUACGGGAUCACCAUCUUUUGUCCCUAAGGACAAAGCCUUCUCAUCCCUCAAGUCCUCGUCCCUCUCGAGCCUCAUCCAAGACCAGCUAAGGUCCUUCUGUAUCUUCCGCGCGUUGUCCCACUUCUACAGCCUGUCAGACUUCAAGAAUGCGAUGCCGAUGAACCCCCUUGGGACGCUAGCGGGAGGACAAUACACCUUGAAUUUCACUAUCUGA